AUGGCUUCCGAAGACGCCUACCACAAAGCCUUCAACAACAACAGCACCUGGCGCCGCUCCCUCGCCGAAACGGACCCAGCCUCUUCGAGCGCCUGGGCAAAGACCACCAUCUUGGGCCUGCAACCCGGCGAGAUCUUCUGCCAUCGGAACAUCGCCAACAUCCUCGUCCCCACGGACAUCAACUCCCUCAGCGUCAUCCAGUACGCCGUGCAGUACCUCAAGGUCAAACACAUCAUCAUCUGCGGGCACACUUCUUGCGGCGGCAUCGCCGCUGCACUGGACAACAAGCGGUUGGGACUGAUUGAUACGUGGUUGAUGCCGCUGCGAACUUUGCGUCGGGAGAACCUCGAACUCUUGGAGAGCUUGGACGAGAAGGAGCGCGGGAUCAAGUUAGUCGAGCUGAACGUGCGUUCAGGAGUCAAGGUCCUCCAGGAGAAUCCCGUGGUGAUCGAUGCCGUGGCGGAGCGGAAUUUGCAGGUGCAUGGACUGAUCUAUAAUGUUGGGACGGGGGAAUUGAGGGAGCUGGAUAUUGAGGAGGGUGAGGAGACGGUGAAGAGUCGGAAGACUGCUUUUAGGGUUGAGUAG